CACACAUGUCGUUGUUGUAGUCCUCUGUCCGUGACAACCUGACUUCUCACAAUGAUAAGUAGUAUGACAUAAUAUUAUUAAACCAAAUACAAAUACAAUUUGUAACUAAAUUUUCUUCGGCUAGGAUUCCAUGAAUUGUAUUAAUUGAAAGUCCAAAGUUUUAUAUUGAAACAGCCUCAUUUUAUUCUUUUGAGUUUAGACCUUAAAUUCAUAAUAUCAUAAUUUUUUAAAUUAUAAGUGAUUGGACCAACCUGUAAACACCAAUAUUUUCUGACCGUCUUCUUCUUCACAUCUGACUUCACUAACUCUCUUUCUGCAUUUUCUCUUCUAUUUCACCGCUAUUCACACCAUUUUACUCGCUGUAUAUUCCUGGGUACUACAAUAACUACCCGGAAUAUCGAUUUUCCGGCAAUGGGAGCUUUUAAUAUCGGUCUUAUUGCUUUAUUUCUUCAGUUAUCUGUAUUUGUUUCAGCUCAGAAAGCUCAAACUUCUCCUUGGCUUACACUUGAUGGGUCUGCGCCACUAGUUAUAGCACGUGGUGGGUUCUCAGGGUUAUUCCCCUCUUCUAGUAGUUAUGCCUACAAUUUGGCGAUGAUGACUAGUGUACCAGAUGUGGUCUUAUGGUGUGAUGUCCAGUUAACCAAAGAUGGAUUUGGCAUAUGUUUCCCAUAUAUCAAACUUGAUAAUUCCUCGGACAUUAGUGCACUUCCCCCAGAGAGAAGUAAAAAAUAUGUUGUUGAUGGCGUUGAAAUGAAAGGGUUCUUCCCUGUUGAUUUUACUUUUGAAGAACUUCAGCCAGUCUCCUUAACUCAAGGAAUUUAUACUAGAAGUCCUAGUUUCGAUAAUAGUCAAUUCGCAAUCCAGACUGUUGACGAUGUGUUUACACAAAACAAACCUGCAGGUUUCUGGUUAAAUGUUCAGCAUGACGCUUUCUAUAGCCAGCAUAAUCUGAGCAUGAGAAGCUUUGUCAUUAGUGCUUCAAGGAGAGUGAUCAUUAGUCACAUCUCGUCCGCUGAUAUCAGCUUUUUACGAGGGCUUGCUAGGCCUUUUGCAUCUACCAAAACCAAACUGAUUUUCCGAUUUCUUGACCGUGAUGCUUUUGAGCCUUCAACCAAUCAGACAUAUGGGUCUUUUCUGAAGAACCUUACAAUGAUAAAGGCAUUUGCGGCUGGAAUCCUUGUUCCAAAAGCUUAUAUAUGGCCUGUCGAUGCAACCUUUUAUCUUCAACCGCAUACUUCUCUUGUGGCUGAUGCUCAUAAAGCUGGGCUUGAAGUUUUUGCUUCAGAUUUUGCAAAUGAUGUUUCUCUUGCAUAUAACUACAGUUACAACCCAGUUUCAGAGUAUCUCUCUUUCAUUGACAAUGGAGACUUCUCUGUUGAUGGUGUGCUGUCUGACUUCCCAAUAACGCCUUCAGAAGCCAGAGAAUGCUUUGCUCACAUGGACGUUAAUGCUUCAGCAACAGCUAAGGUUUUGGUUAUAUCACACGAUGGGGCAAGUGGAGACUACCCAGGUGGUACUGAUGUGGCAUACCAAAAAGCCAUUCAAGAUGGAGCGGAUGUGAUUGAUUGUAAUGUUCAAAUGUCAAAGGAUGGCGUACCUUUCUGUUUGAGCUCUACCAAUCUUAUGAAUAACACACUAAUUGGUCAAACGGAAUUCAGGAGCCUUUUAUCAACUGUUCGUGAAAUUCAGCCAGCACCAGGAAUAUUUUCUUUCAGUCUGAACUGGACUGACAUUCAAGGAUUGACUCCUGUGAUAACGAAUCCAUACCCAGAUUAUAACAUGCUCAGAAAUCCUAAAUUCAAAAAUGCUGGGAAAAUUGUAUCCUUGUCGACCUUCUUGGGUCUUGCCAAAAAAUCGACUUCACUUUCUGGUGUCUUAAUCAGGAUAGAUAACGCACAAUAUCUAGCAUUGAAAGAGGGUCUAAGCAUAACUGAUGCAGUUACUGAUGCCUUGGAUAAAGCUGGUUAUACCGGUCCAACAGCUGAAAAAGUUAAGAUUGUGUCCACCAGCAGUUCAGUUCUCAAGGCGAUGAAAGGAAAGAAAUACGAACUUGUUUACGAAGUUGAUGAGUCAAUUCGUGGGAUAGAGGAUGAGGCUAUUGCAAACAUAAAGACCUUUGCUCAAUCUGUAGUUGUCAUUAAGAAGUCUGUUUUUCCGGAUGACGGGGGAUUCCUUACACUUGCGACUGAUAUUGUCAAGAAAUUGCACUCGUUUAAGCUAUCCGUUUAUGUUCGUCUUUUCAGAAACGAAUUUGUAAGCCAAGCAUAUGACUUCUUCUCUGACCCAAUUGCCGAGAUCAAUACAUUUGUAAUGGAAGCUGAAGUUGACGGUGUCAUUACCGACUUCCCAAAAUCUGCAGCGCAAUACAAGAGAAAUUCGUGUCUAAAAGAAAAGAACACACCGAUGUAUAUGAGUCCAGUUCAACCCGAUCAACUCCUUCAACUCAUUAACCCAACUGCGAUGCCCCCGGCUCAAGCUCCUAACCCACUUCUUGAAGUGGCAGAUGUAUCAGAGUCGCCCCUCCCUGCGGUUGUGCAGAACAGCUCAACCACAAUACCAGCAGAAACCCCGAAAGGAUCAGGAAAUGGCGUGCCUCAGAUAUCUGUUUCUGGAUUAUUAUCUUUCUCGGCUAUGAUUGUAGCUGUCGCUCUUCUGUUGUGAUAGGGUUUAAAUAAAGAAGACUGACUUGAUUAUUUUUGGAGUUUGGUGCUGCAGAUCACGAUUCAAGUUUUUCCUGUAGCUUAAUUUCAUUAUGUUUCUUCUUCUAUAAUCCAUUUAGACUAUGUUCAUUCUUAACCAUUUAUUUAUGUUCUCAACAUGGAGUUGCCAAGUGAAGUACAAAGCACCUCGGACGAAACUGGAUCUUUCAAUUUGUAUCGCUUUCAAUUGUAACUAUUCUUUGGUGUGUUAAUCCUGUUAAUAAUUAUUAUCAACCCUCUUUGAUUA